UUCAGGAAAGCGUACUCUUCCGAAAAAAAAAAGGGAAAAAAAAAACAAUGGCGCUUCAGUUUCUCAAUCUCCCAUCAAUUCCCCAUCCUCUCUCUUCUCUCCGCUUCUCAAAACCCAAUCCCUCAUCUGAACUCUCUCCCCCCCUGUUAAUCUCACCUCCUACGUGUUUAAAAUGCUGCACUCGUUUGAAUCCUCGGUUCAAUUCUUUCGUCCCUCGAACGAGCAGCUCGAUAUCAGCUCAAACAACUGAAGGAGGAGGAGGAGUGAGGGGACCAGCGGUUGAGAUUUAUGACAGGAAGAGGUUGAUCGCGCAGAACAUACCAUGGACUUGUACGGCUGAAGAUAUCAGAGCCCUCUUUGGGAAGCAUGGGGAUGUGCUCGAUGUUGAGCUCUCUAUGUAUAACAAAACUAGAAACAGAGGUUUAGCAUUCAUCACUAUGGCAUCAGAAGAAGAGGCAAAUGUGGCCCUCACUAACCUCAAUUCCUACGAUAUGGAUGGUCGAAACAUAAAGAUUGAAUAUGCUAGACCAAAGAAAAAUCCUCGUGCUGAAGUAGAAGCUCCAACAAAAAAGUAUACUGUUUAUGUAGGAAACUUGGCUUAUAGGGUAAGCUCUCAAGAUCUUCGGGAGCUCUUUGAUACCGGUGGCAAAGUUAUCUCUGCUGAAGUCAUUUAUCAGAGCAAACCUAGAAGACCUGCAGGUUAUGGAUUUGUCUCCUUUGCUUCUAUUGAUGAAGCAAAUAAUGCAAUAUCUGAUCUUAAUGGCAAGGGAUUUAUGGGGAGACCACUAAGGCUGGGACUAAGUAAACUACAAACUGAAGAUAUUGAAAAGAUUAUAGAUGAGGACCUUGGAGGAUCCAGUAAGGCAUCAAAUGAGAUGAAUACAAAUGAAGAACUAUCAAACUAAUAAUCUGAAGACUCAACAAAUGAGGCAAAAAGCCAUCAACCAUGAACUCCUGACCCUGGCUCCUUGUCUCCAUGAACAGACCACGAACCCUUUUGCUUCUCAAAAGCUCAGAGUUUUAGUAGGGCCAAUGUUAUCAUGUAGAUUGCAACUUGCAAAUGAUUUAUUGAUGAAUGUGUGUAUCAGAGAUUGGCAGGUACUUAGCAAAGAUCAUGGCUCUCAAUCUCAGUAGGAUAUUUGAGGCAUAUUAAGUGUCAGUAUGUUGUUUCUUUCCUUCUUUUUAAGUUUUUGAUUCCUUGUCUUCUCCUUUAUUUCAAGCUGGGAUUUUGAUUUUGUGUAAUUAGCGUUAUUAAA